AUGGCUACUCUGAUCGCGAAAGAUGCCUACUUGCAGAACUUGGCCAGGAAAAUCUGCUCCCAGCCCAGUGUGGAGCUGCAGAAGCGCAAGCGGGUUGGCAAAAUUCAAGACUCAGAAGGUGCAGGACCUCCAAAAAAGAAAAGGAAGAAAACACAGAAGAAAUUCCAGGAGCAGAGAGAGAAGGCUGGGGAACAUAAGGCCAGGUCCCUGGGAAAGAAGUCUCCACCAGCUUCCAGGGCCAAGAAGCCAGUGGCAACUGAAGAGGAAGAAAUCUCUACUUUCCCUAGGGCACAUGCAGAACGCCCAGCCACAGAGCCUGACUCACUGUUUGCCCUGGAUGUUCUGCGGCAACGGCUACAUGAGAAGAUACAGGAGGCCCGGGGCCAGGGCAGCACCAAGGAGCUGUCCCCUGCUGUUCUGGAGAAAAGGCGCCGGAGGAAGCAGGAGCGAGACCGUAAGAAGAGGAAGCGGAAGGAACUGAGAGCAAAGGAAAAGGCAGCCAAGGCCGGAAAGGCUGAUGUGGCCACUGAGCCAGCCCCUGAGCCCCCCUGCCCAGAGCCGCAGGAGCAGACAGGGCUGAUCUUCAACAAGGUGGAGGUAGGCGAGGAGGAGCCGGCCGGCAGUAGGACACAGCGGCGGAAGGAGAAGAGGCAGCAGGUGAAGGGCAAUCUGACGCCCCUGACGGGUAGGAACUACCGGCAACUGCUGGAGCGGCUGCAGGCGCGGCAGGCACAGCUGGAGGAGCUGCGGGAGCGGGAUGUGGGGCAGGCACAAGCGCUUGAGGCAAAGAUGCAGUGGACCAAUCUGCUGUACAAGGCAGAAGGUGUGAAGAUCCGUGACAGCGAGCCAUUGCUACAGGAGGCCCUCAAGCGUAAGGAAAAGCGAAGAGCACAGCGGAAGCGCCAGUGGGAAAAGCGAACAGCACACGUUGUGGAGAAGAUGCAGCAGCGGCAGGACAAGAGGCGGCAGAACCUGCGCAAGAAGAAGGUGGCCAAGGCCGAGCGGCGCAUGGAGAAGGCCCGCAAGAAGGGCCGGAUCCUACCCCAGGACUUGGAGCGGGCUGGCCUGUCCUGA